AAAAUAUCCGUGUUACAGGAAUCUGUUUUCUUCACGCCUGACUCAGCGGAGGAUUUACGAUCGAGCCAUGUGUAAUGUAACUACUCGGCACCGCAAUGGAGGGGCUCAGCCGGGCUCCGCUUGCUGAUCACACUUUGGUGUGGCAGCUGUGGAGAUGGCGGCGACAAGAGCAGCCGGAUUAACGGGAAUCAUGGCGGAGAGGAGCCAGGACCAGCAGACCAUAAACCUGGAGACCAGCGACGGAGGGCAGCCCUCCGAAGCUCCCGACGAGCUCCAGGGAGAGGCCAGCUAGCCUUCGAAGGAUUUGCACCAGAGAGAAACUGCACAGCUGCGAUGAAUGUGGAUCACUAUCUACUCAAUCAGGCUCCUUGAGUCGCCAUCAGCAAAUCCAUAUGGAAGAAAGGUCGUCCACCCAGGGAGACAGGCAGUACAUCUGAAACCAGUACCAGCAGGUGAUUGUGAAGGUGGUAGAAGGGUCGGAGUCUGCCAUCUUGCCCUGCAGAACGACAGCUUACCUCUCACAGGAUGCCACGGUUGAGUGGACUCGCUCUGAUGUAGACUUCAUGUUGGUCCACGUGUACUCAAAGACACGUAACACCAUCAGGGAACAGGAUGGCUUUUACAGAGUCCGAACGAUGAUGAAUGAAGACCCGCUGAGAACUGGAGACCUCAGUCUGACCCUGAAAUACCCCACAGAUGGAGACAGUGGAGGAUAUGUUUGCACCAUCUACAGGGACAAAGACAUCCUGAGACAGAAAGUAAUGCUGCAGGUCAAAGGUCGCUGCUACAAGAGCUCUGCCAGGUGGAGGUGGUUGAGGGGGUGGAGUCUUUGGUGCUGUCCUUCAAAACGACAGGAAACCUGCCUAAAGACGUUGUAGUGGUGUGGAGGUGAUGACAGAACAAAAAUAAUCCGUCUGAAAGUCAAAGGAAACGGGAAGUUCUUCGUCCUCAGUAAAGAGAGACGCACAGACGAUCAGACUGAGUUCAGACCAAACUAGCAGCUUCCUCUGAGUGAGUCCAGCUACAGGAGAGAAAAGUGGAAAACUCCAACACUGCUGCUUCAAGCUGCUGACGCUCCACACACUGAAUGUGAGUUUGAGCAAAAACACGACUCAAAGGAAGUUUCAGUGAAGGUCGUAGAGGAGGGAGGGGAGCCAGGACUGACUGUACUUCCUGUCUGCUGUUUUCAGCUUCACUCACAGACUCAAUGGCUUCCAGAUCAGAGGAGGAUCUCUGCUGUCCGGUCUGUCAGGAGGUCUUCAGAGAUCCUGUUCUUCUGUCAUGUAGCCACAGCUUCUGUAAAGACUGUCUGAAGAGAUGGUGGAGAGAGAGACCAACACACGAGUGUCCAGUUUGUAAGAGAAGAUCUUCAAAGGAGUAUCCACCUGUGAACCUGGCUUUAAAGAACCUGUGUGUGUCAUUCUUACUGGAGAGAGAUCAGAGAGCUUCAGAGACUCUCUGCAGUCUGCACUCUGAGAAACUCAAACUCUUCUGUCUGGACCAUCAGCAGCCAGUGUGUGUCGUCUGCAGAGACUCAGAAAAUCACACCAAUCACAGAUUCAGACCCAUCGAUGAAGCUGCACAACAACACAAGAAGGAACUUCAGGAAACUCUGGAGCCCUUAAAGAAGAAGUUAAAGGUUUGUGAAGAAGUUCAAGUGAAGUUUGAUCAAACAGCAGAACACAUUAAGGUCCAGGCCCGACACACAGAGAGACAGAUUAAGGAGCAGUUUAAGAAGCUUCACCAGUUUCUAGCAGAGGAAGAGGAGGCCAGGCUGGCUGCACUGAGGGAGGAAGAGGAGCAGAAGAGUGGGAUGAUGAAGGAGAAGAUGGAGGCUCUGAGCAGAGAGAUAGCAGCUCUUUCAGACACAGUCAGAGCCACAGAGGAGGAGCUGAGAGCUGAAGACGUCUCAUUCCUGCACAACUACAAGGCUGCAGUGGAAAGAGUCCAGCGCUGCCCCCUGCUGGAUGAUCCACAGCUGCCCUCAGGAGCUCUGAUAGACCAGGCCAAACACCUGGGCAACCUGACCUUCAACAUCUGGAACAACAUGAAGGACAUGGUCUCCUACACUCCUCUCAUUCUGGACCCAAACACUGCUCAUCCAAACCUCAUCCUGUCUGAAGAUCUGACCAGUGUGAGAGGAGAAGAGAGGCAGCAGCUUCCUGAUAAUCCAGAGAGGAUUGAUGGAUUAUGCUACUCUGUCCUGGGCUCUGAGGGCUUUAACUCAGGGACUCACAGCUGGGAUGUUGAUGUUGGAGACAGAACAUGGUGGGACCUGGGUGUGUUAGCAGAGUCUGAGCAGAGGAAAGGAGUCAUACGGUCUGGAAUAUGGACUAUAUGGUUUGAUGGAAGUAAAUACUCAGCAUACUCACCAUCAGCUCUCACUGCUCUCUCAGUAGAGAAGAAGCUCCAGAGGAUCAGAGUGAAUCUGGACUGGAACAAAGGAAAGCUGUCGUUCUCUGAUCCUGAUACUAACACACACAUACACACCUUCACACACACUUUCACUCACAGGAUGUUUCCAUACAUUAGCACCGAUGGUAAAGUGAAGGUGUGUCCGUUGAAGGUGUCAGUGUCAGUGGAGCAGAUGAGUUGAGGAUGAUGAUGUUUCUAAUGUUGUUUCCUGUCAGUGAAUUGAAGCUGUUAAACUGCAGCUGUCCUCCUGCUGCCUCGUUGUUCCAAAGCUCUUUGUUUCUCUUUUAGUUCUCACUGUUUCUUUCUGUUUCUGCUGUCCACCUUUUCACAUGGAAAAUCAUUUCACUGUUUCUCACUGAAUGACUCCCCAAACUAGAUUUGAAAUUCUAUCAAGUUUCUAAUCAUUACAAGUGAUUCAUGUUUCUAUUUGAUGUGUGUAAAUGGAGAUGAUUUAGUUUGCUGGGAUAUGGACUGACAUGUGUUGAAUGGGAGGAGCAGUUUGUUGUUGUCUUCUUGUCUGUUUAUGACAACAAUAAAUAUAUUGUUGAAACAAUGAUUCAUGUUUAACUCCAUAUAUGAAAUGUUUCUGAUCUUUGAAUUCUGUUUGAUUAAAGACUUUCUUCAUGACACAAAUGAGAUUUCAGUGUAUUAAUAGAACUAAAUAAGCUCAGAGUUGAAAGGCUGGAGUAUUAUGUACGUGCUUCACUGUCAGUAUCUUCAGGGGGAUUCAAAGGGAAACAUCAAACUGCUGUAAUGAGAUAAACUAGUUGGGCUGAACACACUUAUCUGUAGUUUGUCUCCAUCCAGGA